UUUUGACUGGAGCAGCAAUUGAGUUAACCAUUUGUAGGCCAACGCGCGGCAUCGGAACCAAAAGAUUUUUUUAGAACUGCACAUCGGGUUUCGGGUGAAUUGUAAAACGUCAAAACGUGAGGCGACGACGAAUCGAAUCUUGGUCUGUCCGUAGCCGUCGAAAAGGCAGUCGAGUCGACUGCGUGCGUGUGUUUGUGUGUGUGAGUGUAUAAUAUAUGUAGCUGCGUGUGUGUGUGUUAUGUGCGAGAGUGCGAAAAGUGUUUGGUUAUGUGCAGCAGUCAUCGCAGUUGUCGCUGAGAAAAACGGAUUCUGUCGCUGAAACUGCAAUCGGAGACGUAAUCGCCCUCGCGUCACGGGGAUGUCCCGUGCCUAGACCAAGGCCUCCCCAAGCACAGUCCGACAGCCCCCUACGCCCCAACAACACCCCACACACACCGUGUGUGACUCGGAUAUUGAGUGUGUGUGUACGUGUGUGCGUGUGAAUCCAAAAUUGAAGCAUGCUCGAGUCGCGUUACAGCGCCAUGCCCAGUGCAGCCUCCUCCUCCAACGCAGAUGCCGCCGCCGCCGCCGUGGGCGUCGAUGAAAGCAGCAACAAUAGCGGAGGUGGCGGCGGCGGUGGCGGUGGCAGUAAUGGUGGCGGUGAACCGCUUCUGUUCGCCAAUAACCGCACGAACAGCAACAAUAGCAACAACAGCAACAACAGCAGCAGCAAUGGGAGCGCCGUCGACAUUGGCAGCCUGAUGAUUGGCCAGGACGGGCCAUCCAAUCCCAAUAACAAGACAAUCGCCUCCUCGAACCGGCCGCCAAAUGAACGCGAAUGGGAACGGGAGUGGGAGCGGGAAUGGGAGCGCGAAUGGGAACGUGAUCGUGGCGAGCGCGAUGGUGAGCGCAGCCAGUUUGCCGGUGGACCUUCGCUGCUCGUCCAGCUCUUCCACUUUGAUGUGGUGCCCAGCAGCUUCCAUUUUGGCCAUAGCGAGCACGAGGACUCGCGCAUCUCGUUCUCAUUCAACGCCAAGCGGCAUCUGGAGCUCAUCGAGGGACUGAAGUACGAGCGUCAGGCAUGGCGUAUACGGGAGCGCAUGAAGACGGCCAGCGUGGCGCUGGUGCUCUGCCUGAACAUUGGUGUGGAUCCGCCGGAUGUGGUGAAGAUCCAGCCCUGCUCCCGCCUCGAAUGCUGGAUCGAUCCCAGCUCUGUGUCGCCGCCAAAGGCCAUGGAGCUGAUCGGCAGCAAUCUACAGAUGCAAUACGAACGCUGGCAGCCGCGCGCCCGCUACAAGAAGUGCCAUGACCCCACCGUCGAUGAUGUGAAGAAGCUCUGCACCUCGCUGCGUCGCAAUGCAAAGGGGGAGCGCAUCCUCUUCCACUACAAUGGCCAUGGGGUGCCCAAGCCGACGGCCAAUGGCGAGAUUUGGGUAUUCAACAAGACCUUCACCCAGUACAUACCCCUGAGCAUCUUUGAGCUGAUCACAUGGAUGUCGGCGCCCUCGAUCUAUGUGUACGACUGCUCCAAUGCGGGCAUCAUCAUCAACUCGUUCCAGCCGUAUGCCGAACAGCAUGAGCACGAGCUGGAGAAGGCUCUGGCCAUUGCCCAGCAGCGUGGCAUGGCCCAUCUCCAGCCUGGCUCUAUACCCGGCUCUGGAUCCGCUGCCGCCUCCUCUGGCUCCAUCAAUGUACAGCUGCCGACGCAGCUGGUCAGCUACAAGAACUGCAUACAUUUGGCCGCGUGUGCCGCCAACGAGAUACUGCCGAUGAAUGCCCAACUGCCGGCCGAUCUCUUCACCAGUUGUCUGACCACGCCCAUUAACAUUGCCCUCAAGUGGUAUGCGAUGCAGGAGAAGCUGGGCAUGGUGCCGCGCAUCCAAAGCGAACUGAUUGACAAGAUACCAGGCAAAGUCAACGACAGACGCACCAUGAUGGGUGAACUCAACUGGAUAUUUACGGCCAUCACGGACACGAUAGCCUGGAAUACGCUGCCCCGUGAGCUGUUCCAGCGUCUGUUCCGCCAGGAUCUGCUGGUGGCCAGCCUCUUUCGGAACUUUCUGCUUGCGGAGCGAAUCCUAAGGAGUCACGACUGUACGCCCGUCUCGCUGCCAGCACUGCCGCCCUGCUAUCGCCAUCCGAUGUGGAAGGCCUGGGAUCUGGUGGUGGAUCUGGCGCUGCAGCAGCUGCCAGAGAUACUGGACCAUAGCGCACCGUAUCGCCAGCUGCCGUUCUUUGAGCAUCAGUUGACCGCCUUUCAGGUGUGGCUGGACUCGGAGUCGGAGUCGCGCACACCGCCCGAACAGCUGCCGAUUGUGCUGCAGGUGCUGCUGUCGCAGGUGCAUCGUUUGCGUGCCCUGGAGCUGUUAUCACGCUUCCUGGACCUCGGACCCUGGGCCGUCAAUCUGGCCCUGGGCGUGGGCAUCUUUCCGUAUGUCCUCAAACUGUUGCAGAGCUCAACGCGCGAACUGCGCCCGGUGCUGGUCUUCAUUUGGGCCAAGAUACUGGCCGUGGAUCCCAGCUGCCAGGUGGAUCUGGUCAAGGAGUACAAGUACUUUCUGUCCGUGCUGCAGGACACCAGCGUCUCCAAGGAGCACCGCAGCCUCUCCGCCUUUGUGCUGGCCUCCAUCGUGCACAAUUUCCUGCUCGGCCAGACGAGCGCCCUGCAGGGACCGCUGCUCUCCAUCUGCCUGGAGCAGCUGAACGAUCACAGCUGGCUGCUGCGCCAGUGGCUGGCCAUCUGCUUGGGCAUGCUGUGGCAGAACUUCGAGAAGGCCCGCUGGUCGGGGGCCCGCGAUCUGGCCCACGAGAAGCUUUAUGUCCUGCUGCGGGACUCGAUACCCGAAGUGCGGGCCGCCGCUGUCUUUGCGCUGGGCACCUUCAUCAGCUCCGUGACGGACCGCAGCGAGCAGCAGGCGAACAACAUCGAUCGGAUCAUUGCCAUCACUCUGCUGGAGACUGUCGGGGAGGACAUGUCGCCGCUGGUGCGCCUGGAGCUGGCCGCCGCCCUACAGUGGAUGGUGCUGCUCUUCGAGUCACAGUUUGUGGCCGUCUAUCUGGCCGAGCACAUGCGCAGCAGCCAUGCCGCCUCCACCUUUGUGAUGCUCCAAGGCGGCAAUGCCCUGCCCACGGGCGCACAUGCCCUCGCCUCGUCCACCCACAGCCUGGAGCGGCAUGUGACGAUGCGACGCGGCGUUAGCUCCAGUUCCAUUUCGAACAUGGGCACCGGCUCUGGGUCCGGUUCGGCCACCCUGGGUCUGCCAGCUGCAGGAGGAGCAGCGGCAGGAGCCGCAGCAGGAUCCAGUCGAGCCGGCAAAAGCAGCGGCGAACGCUCCGGUUCUGUGGGCGGUGUGGGCGUGGGAGCGGGAGCGGCAACUGGCGUCGUGGUCGGAGGCACCAACAGCAUCCCCUUCCAAUCGAUCUUCACCAAGCUGUGGCUGGGCAUCUGCCAGCUCGCCCAGGAUCCGUUCCCCCAGGUGGCGGCCACCGCCCAAAAGAUUGUCCAUCAUGUACGCGACACCGCCCUCUGUCCGAUUAUGGCCGCCAAGGAGGCCACCAUGGCCACCGCCUCCGAGAAGUGCAACAGCUUGAGCGUCAGUCUGCCGCCCAGUCCCAACACGCGGGUCACCUACCUCGGGGGUGUCGCGGCCGGCGGCCAAUCGCCGCCUGUGGGCUGCAACACCGGCGGCAAUGCGGGCGCAGGCGGCGGCGCCGGUACCACGGUGGGUGCCAGCCACUGGGCCCAAAAGCUGCGGCUGUCGGGCAGCGCCAGUGGCGGAGGAGCCGCCGGUGGCGUCGCAUCGGGGGAUCCGCAAAUGAUAUUGCAGCGCAAGUUGCGGACCAGCUCGAUCAACGAUGAGACUGACAGCGGACCGGCAUAUGUCCGUGGCGGUGGCGGCGGCGGAGCAGCGGCCGGCGGACUGGGACCCGCACUUGGAGGGGAGACAGCCGGUGGCAGCCAUUCGGCUAGGAGCAGCGGCAGCGAGAGCAAUCACUACCACGAGCCGGGCAAGGGCCAUGGCAGCCAUGGCCAGGCGCUGCAACCCAUUAUCCAGACGGAGUUCAUACCGUGGGCCAUCUCCUACUUUACGCGUCCGGGCAAGCAUCGCUACAGCUCCGCGGACGGCAGUGCGGAGGGGGAGCAGCGCUAUCCCAUUGAUCGCAAUUCCCACGAGCUGCGCACGCGUCGCUAUCGCUACCAGCGCAACGAACUGAUCCGCCGACAGGCGCGACGCCCACAGAGCCAGCAAAGCGAGCAAAGCGAACUUAACCGCAGCAGCAUGGGCCAGUCACGGCGGCCUGGACAGCAUGGCCAGAGCUCCGAUCAGUUUGGGUACGACGUCUGCAGCUGGAGCCGGAAGACCCAAUUUACGCCAUCGAUUGUGAAGCUGCUGCCCUACGAGUCCCAGAUAGCCGUAGCCUAUCGCGAGAAGGUGCUCGUCUACGAUUUUGUGUGGAACUCGGUGCGCACGUAUGCCGCCGAGGCGUUGGCAGGCCACGGCGCCGGCACCGCCACGGGCACCAGUGGCGGCAGUGGCUCAGGCUCAACCUCCGGCUCAUCCUCAUCCCUGAACGGCAGCACGCCCCGCAAGCACUCGUCGGGCCUGGCCGGACUGACGGCCGUGCCCACGUUCGCGCGUGUCAGCAGCAUUGAGUUCCUGAAUGCCCAGGAUCAGGCCCUCACACUGGUGGCCCACGAUGAUGGCAUCGUGAGGGUGUGGCAGCCACCGCCACUGGGCGAGGAUGCACCUGCACUUGGACCUGGAUCGAUGCAGUAUCAGCAGCCCAGAUCUCGCCUCGUCACCGCCUGGACAGCCCUGGCGCCGGCCAACAGCGCCAGCCAGCAGACGGGUACAGGCACAGGCACUGGCACUGGUCCAGGAUCGACCGGACGACAGCGCACCAGCAUCGCGGGAAGCGGCGGAACCAUCGGCAAGGCCACCGCCGAUCAGACAGGCGGCGGCGGCGGCGGAUCGCCCAGCAGUUUGGCCAGCUCCAGCAUCAUCACGGCCUGGCAGCAGUACAGCCAACGUCUGGUGGUGGGGGGCGGCGGUUGCCGUUUCUUGCGCAUCUGGGACGUGGAGCGGGAGCUGCGACUGAGCGACAUCCAGCUGCGACGCAACGAGACGACCGUCCGUGUGCUGAGCCCCUAUUUGCCCAACCAGAGCUGUGAACUGAUACUCGCGGGCUGCGAGGAUGGCAGCGUGCAGCUGAUCGACAUGCGCUGUGCCACACGCUAUGCCCCCGUCUGUGUGUACAAGCCGCGACGCCACGAUGCGCCCAUACUGCACGCGUACAUGCGACCAAACGAACCGCAUCUGGUGGCCGGCUGUGAGAACGGAACGAUCAGUGUGGUGGAUGUGCGGAAUGGCGGUGCUAGAUUCCCCAUCGGCACCGGUGAUAGGGUGCUGUACCAGUGGGAUGCUGGCAGCGAUAUCACAGCCAUAUCCAGCCACCAGAUCGAGGGCACUGUCGCGUGUGGCAAUGCCACAAAGAUCUGCAUCUACUCGCUGAAGGGCGAUCUGCAGAAGGUGCUGCGGACCAACGAGGGAUUCAUUGGGCCCAAGAUAGGACAUCCCACCUGUAUAUCCUUCCAUGCGUACAAGGCGCAGCUGGCAGUGGGAUUUGUGGACAACAUGGUCGCGAUCUACAGUCCCACGCCAGUUCUAUAAACUCUGCGAUAGAUGGAGAACUGACGUCGAUAAGAAUCCCGAAACAUUUAUUAAUGCACGCCGGUUCACCGAUGAGCCGGAGAUG